AACAGCAGCGGAAUGUUGAUGUAUACGAAUGCAACCAGGCGGUAGCCUGGCUCAUAUAUGGCAUGAGGAAAUAAACCAAUUUGCGUUCAUAAUUAUCUUAGAUAUUGCACAUAUCAUGGUGGAUUAUUGGGUUAUUAGUUAAAUCGACUUCUUUGUUUUCGUGUGAGCUGAUAUUUGACGAAACUGGUUGCAUUUAUUCGUGAAUUAUGUACUUUUUAGUAGGAUUAGUUAAUGGUGCUAGCAACAAGUGUAGCGAUAUACAGCAAAAGUGGAGUUGUUAGCUGAACAGGACUGAGACACAGUGUAAAAGAGAUAGAUUUUAGAGAAAAUAAGGACAUUAAGUGGAAUUUUAUGGACAGGAACGAUCAUAUCUGGUUGGUAAACUAAUUAUUUUGCAGAGGAAAUGCUGAUUUUGAGAAGUAUUUGUCUGUUUAUGGUGUAACAUGUAGCAAUAAUAGGGGUCCAGUUACCUUUGUGUCAGCUGUUUAAUCAGGAGACCUUUAAAUUUCUCCUGCAAAUGAUGUAGUUGUAUAAAAUAUUAGACUAAAUUUAGAAAAAUAUCCACUAACAUGUUAUCCUGCUUACUGAGAUCUCUAGAAUUAAAAUAAAUAAAUAACUACCCUAGGAGAUGUGCAAUCUCAGAAAAGGUGCUGUUUUUCCUCCCCUGCCUCUCAUACUAGAUUAAUUUGUGCAUUAUUUUCAAGUGCUUUAUCUAAUUAACUGGUGGUAGUGGAAGCUUGGUAUUUCUCUUCGGACAUGGCAAGUGUGCUGGGAUUAAAAAUGAGCCUCAGUUCCCUGAGGAGGAAGCAACCCAAGACCUUCAGCGUCAGGAUCGUGACGAUGGAUGCAGACCUGGAGUUCAGCUGUGAGGUGAAGUGGAAAGGGAAGGACCUGUUUGAGCUGGUUUGCAGGACACUGGGACUCCGGGAGACCUGGUUCUUUGGUCUGCAGUACAACGUCAAAGACACGGUGGCGUGGCUGAAGAUGGAUAAGAAGGUUUUAGACCAGGAUGUUCCUAAAGAGGAGCCCAUCGUGUUGAACUUCCUGGCGAAGUUUUACCCCGAAAACGUAGAGGAGGAGCUUGUCCAGGACAUCACCCAGCACCUCUUCUUUCUGCAGGUGAAGAAGAUGAUUCUGGAAGAGGAGGUGUACUGUCCCCCUGAAGCAUCAGUGCUGCUCGCGUCAUACGCUGUCCAAGCUAAGUACGGAGAUUACGACCCCAGUGUCCACAAACCAGGCUUCCUGGCCCAAGAAGAGCUUCUGCCAAAGAGGGUAAUUAAUCUCUACCAGAUGACUGCUGAAAUGUGGGAGGAGAGAAUCACACUCUGCUACGCUGAGCACCGAGGCAGGACCAGAGACGAAGCCGAGAUGGAGUAUUUAAAAAUAGCUCAGGAUUUGGAGAUGUACGGGAUCAAUUACUUUUUUAUUCGGAAUAAAAAGGGAACAGAUCUGCUGCUCGGCGUCGAUGCUUUGGGACUGCACAUUUACGACCCGGAGAACAAACUGACGCCUAAAAUCUCUUUCCCUUGGAACGAAAUCCGCAACAUCUCCUACAGUGACAAAGAGUUCGCUAUUAAGCCUCUGGAUAAGAAAGCAGACGUGUUCAAAUUCAACUCCUCCAGACUACGGGUCAAUAAGUUGAUUCUGCAGCUGUGCAUUGGGAACCACGACCUGUUCAUGAGGAGGCGCAGAGUGGAUUCACUGGAGGUGCAGCAGAUGAAGGCUCAGGCCAGAGAGGAGAAAGCUCGCAAACAGAUGGAGAGGCAGAAGCUGGAGAGAGAGAAACACCUGCGUGAGGAAGCGGAGCGAGCGCGUGAUGACUUGGAGAGACGACUCCUGCAUCUACAGGAUGAAGCUCUCAUGGCCAAUGAAGCUCUGCUGCGUUCAGAGGAGACGGCUGAUCUGUUAGCGGAGAAGGCUCAGAUCGCUGAGGAAGAGGCCAAACUGCUGGCUCAGAAGGCAGCCGAGGCAGAGCAGGAGAUCCAGAGGAUUAAAAUGACGGCGAUCCGCAGUGAGGAGGAGAAGCGACUGAUCGAGCAGAAGAUGCUGGAGGCUGAGAUGCUCGCCCUCAAAAUGGCUGAAGAAUCCGAGAGGAGAGCUAAGGAAGCCGAUCAGCUGAAGCAGGACCUGCAGGAGGCCAGAGAGUCUGAGCGCAGAGCCAAACAUAAGCUGCUGGAGAUCACUAGCAAAUCGCCUUACUCGGCUGCGUCUCUCUCUCCGAACGCCCUCCCUCCUGACCUCAGCUUCAGCACGGAGAACCUGAUCUUUGACUUCAAAGACACCGAUAUGAAACGCCUGUCUAUGGAGAUCGAGAAGGAAAAAGUGGAGUACAUGGAGAAGAGCAAACACCUACAGGAGCAGCUGAACGAGCUGAAGACGGAGAUCGAGUCCUUGAAGCUGAAGGAGCGAGAGACUCAUCUGGACAUCCUCCAUAACGAGAACACGGAGAGAGGCACCAGCAAACAGAGCAACUUCAAAAAGCUGACACUACAGAGCGCCAAGGCAAGAGUGGCCUUCUUCGAGGAACUAUAGCUGACCAAACUGGGGGUGUGUGCUUGGCUGUGUUUGCGUGUGCGUGCGUGCGUGUGCGUGCGUGUGCGUGCGUGUGCGUGCGUGUGUGUGUGUCUGUGUGUUUGCUCAAGUGUUAACUUUUUGUGUAUGCAUUUUUUUUUCUUUUUUCCAGUUUGUGUUAGGGAAUGUUUUAAUAUUUUUUAAGAGUUGAAAUCACCAAUUUUUAACUCUCUUUCCAUGUGUGUGUGUGUGUGUGUGUGUGUGUGUGUGUGUGUGUAUGUGUGUGGGGCUUAAGUAUUGACCUUUAUUGUUUUGUUUAUUAAAGAUUUUUUUUCUUUUUUCCAGUUUGUGUUGCAGCAAGUGUUACAUUUUUUUCUUGUGGAUUUUAUAUCACCAGUUUUUAACUGUGUGUGUGUGUGUGUGUGUGUGUGUGUGUGUGUGUGUGUGUGUGUGUGUGUGUGUGUGUGUGUGUGUGUGAGACACUUUUUUUGAAAGACAUUCCUGCUUAGGAUCAGUUCUGGUCCACACUUUUGACCACCUGACCUGUGUGUGUGUACCUGUGUGUGUGUAUGUGUGUAUGUGUGUAUGUGUGUGUGUGUGUGUGUGUGUGAGCUGCGUGCUGCCUCACUCUUACAGUAAGUUUUAAGUAAACACUAGAACGUGUUUGUUGCCUCACACACACUCUUCAAACACACCAUUAAUCUCCAUUCCAACCUUUUUAACCAGUCAGUAGAAAAAACUGGAUGCUGCUUUCACACACUACUCUCUGAAAAACUUCCUCCUCUUUCAUGAAGUAACCGGAAAAAAGUUCUACUUUCUCUUUAAACUUUUUCUUAUAUGUGUCAUGCUGCAUUAUAUCUUUUUUUCCCCUUCUUUUGGGGAUUUUUUAUAAAACCUGUGUAAAAGCUUUGGGUUUCCAUUACUGCUGAGACUCGAGCGUGGCCGCUAUUUAUACUUUUAUCAGAAGCGGAUAUAUCUUGUAAAAGCGUACGCCACUGCUAAAGCCGCAAUCAGGGCCUUUCUUAAAUGUAUUUCCUUUUCUUUUUUUUUUUUUUUUUUUUUUUUUCGGAGGGAUGGCGUUUUAGGAUGCUGUGGUUACACUACCCUCUCUGUAAUGGAGGCUUAGAGCUGUAGAGGUUCACUUUGUUCCAGAAACAUUUCUUUGAAGGCUACAUUGAGUCUCCAUAACACAUGUAACCAUUGCGUAAAACUAUUUUAAUGCAAUACGAUCGGAGCUCUGAAAGGUUUAUGUCUAUAUUUGUGAGGUUUUAUGUUUCAUCAAUUUUUAAAUGGGGUUUCUUUUGUGAAUUUUCCAAGCUAUUCAUUGGUUUGAACUAACAGCACUCUUAUGAAGCUUUGCGGUGUCUUCUACAAAGUAUCCACUCCAUUCCUAUUCGUUUAGCUGACAUCUGGGCUUCAUAACAGUGAUAUAAAUGCUGAUUACAGCUGUUUUAAGAACAAAAAUUCAUUCCUCUGACAUAUGGGGAUCUUAAAUAACUAAAGUAGACUUUAUUCUUUAUACAUCUUUAUACAUAGUGCUUCAUAACAGUGUUAUAAAUGCAAAAGUGAUCACAACUUGCUAAAGGACAUGAAUAGAAUUCACAAGGAUGACAUACGGGAUUCUCAAAUUAAUGACGUCCUAGAAGGUAUACAUAGUGCUUUAUAACAGUGUUAUAAAUGCUGAACUUAAUACAACUGGGCUAAAGACAUGAAAAUAAUUCAGUCCAAUGAUAUAUGGACUUUAUAAAUAGACUCUCUAUUGUUAUUUUGUGUUCUAGUAGUUUUUUUAAUGCAAAUUAAUCACUUACAAACGAAUGUGACUGGUGGAUACGUCAUAGAAGAGUCGUAAAGCUUUAUAAAUGUGCCUUAGCUAGAGACAAAGUAAUAGAUAAUAUAACAGAAAGAUAAGAGAAACAUUACAGAUAUAGUCGUCUCCUGAGGUUUGACCCAGGCCUCUUGCAGAAUUGUUUUCUAAAGGCUUUAGGAAUGUGUUAUGAAGCACCAACGUAGAUUCCCUUCAGAUAAAGUUACUGAAUAUUUUAUCUGCAGUGCAUAUAUAUAUAUAUAUAUAUAAAAUCAGGCUGUUGUAUUUACUUUUAAAAGCAGUCUGAUUGGGGCUUUAAAAAUCAAAGCCUUCGGGAUUAUGAAGUUGUUUUUUUUUUCUUUUUUCUUUUUUCAAGAAGUUUACAUUUUUUUUUUGAACUGGAGAUUUUGUAUAUAUUUUUGGAUAAUACUUUGUUUGUGCUGAGUAAUAAAUGAAUGUAAAUCCA